GCGACGCGGCUCUCGCGCGAGCAGCGGAAGCACUACGGCGCGUGCUUCGACGAGCUCGACAUCAACGGCGACGGGUCCAUCUCGGCGUCCGAGCUCAUGGGCACGCUCGCCCAGCUCGGCGUCAAGAUGACGGAGCGCGAGUCCUACGGCAUGAUCACGCUCGCGGACGCGGACGGCAACGGCGGCAUCGAGCGCGACGAGUUCAUGGCGCUCAUGGCGCGCUUCAACGGCGGCGAGGACGGCGCCGGCGCCGCCGUCGCGGCGUACCGGCGCGUCUUCGACGCCGUCGACGUCAACAGCGACGGCGGCCUCGAGCUCCACGAGCUCAGCGCCCACAUCAAGGAGAAGGGCACGGCCGUCGACGCGCGCGACGCCUGCGCCAUCUUCGCCGAGUUCGACCUCAACGGCGACGGCAUCGUCGACUUCCCCGAGUUCCUGACGCUCAUG